AUGCAACAAAAUGAAGAUCAGCCGCCCAUCGAGGCAGAUGACUCUGGAAUCGACGACGCCUCCUCCAUCGGCGGUGUCUCAACAGACGAAUCCAGCGCAUCGCUGAGAUCGAGCAUUCUGGAUUACCGCCGUGAGAACGGACGGACGUACCAUCGCAUGAGCGAUGGAAAGUACGUGUUCCCGAACGACGAGCGCGAGCAAGAUCGUCUUGACAUUGUCAAUCAUAUCUGGAUGCUGGCGCUCGACAAUGCCUUCUGUCUGUGUCCCAAGAAUGACGGCACAAAAGCUAAGAGAGUCCUCGACAUCGGAACCGGCACUGGGACCUGGGCCCUCGACUACGCGGAGACAUUCCCGGAGGCCACCGUCCUCGGCGUCGACCUCAGCCCUAUCCAGCCCGGUUUCGUUCCCCCCAACUGCAGCUUCGAGGUGGACGACUUGGAAAAGGAGUGGACCUGGUCCAAUCCCUUUGACUUUAUCCUCUGCCGAAACAUGAAUGCGAGCUUUUCAGACUGGAACAACAUCAUCAAGCAGGCGUACGACCACCUCGAGCCCGGUGGCUACUUUGAAAUUCAAGAUAGCCACUGGCCUCCGGUCGCUGAUGAUGAUACGAUGAAAGGCACCGCCAUGGAUAAAUGGGGCGAUCUUUUGGUCGAAGCCUGCACUAAGAUUGGGCGCCCCGUUGACAAGGAGACGGUUCAGUUGGUUGGCAAGAUGGAGGAGAUGGGAUUUGAGGACGUGAGGAGGGUUCCGUUCAAGUUCCCGUCCACCGGGUGGCCCAAGGACAAAAAGCUCAAGGAGCUUGGUGACUGGAACCGCUCCAUGCUCUCGGGCGGUUUGGAGGGCCUAACUCUAGCGCUGCUGACCCGUUACAUGGAUUGGUCCAAAGAAGAGGCAUUGAUACUCUGCGCGCAAGUGAGAAAAGAGUUGGCAGACACACGUAUACAUGCGUACUGGAAUGGAUAUGUCAUCUAUGGACGGAAGCCUUUGAAGGCAGGCGAAGAGGGUAAUGCCAAUUGA